UUUGUUGCUGUAACGAUCAGGCGCCACGCGGACACCUAAGCCGGCGCCGUGUGACGUCAGUCAGGCCCUCCUGUGUGGAGACAGCAGCAGUAAUGGCGGAUUACGACAACUUCGAUGAUCGGGCCUACAGCAGCUUCGGCGGCAAAGGCUCCUACAGUUCCCGUGGUGGAGGUGGUCCGAGUGGGCCCCGGAAGCAGAAGGAGCUUCCCUCUGAGCCACCGUACACAGCCUAUGUAGGCAACCUGCCUUUCAACACUGUCCAAGGAGACAUCGAUGCCAUCUUCAAAGAACUCAGCAUCCGCAGUGUUCGCCUGGUCAGAGACAAAGAGACAGACAAGUUCAAAGGCUUUUGUUACGUUGAGUUUGAUGAGUUGGAAUCCCUAAAAGAAGCUUUAACAUAUGACGGCGCCUUACUAGGUGAAAGGACACUGAGAGUGGACAUCGCAGAGGGACGAAGGCAAGAGCGAGGAGGCGGGGGCUUUGGCUUCAAGAAAGACGACAGCAGAGGACGAGGCAGCUCUCGAGGGGCGUCCAGAGGAGGUCGCGAAUCCCGGGAGGACCUGUACGACCAGCAUGGAGGAGGCUUCAGAGAUGACGACUACAUGGGGGGGCGGAGUCGAGGUGGUGCCAGCCGCCCCGGUGACAGGCGGGGUGGAAGUUCAGGACCGGGUCGAUACAGAGAUGGCAUUCCUCGUGGAGGACCAGCAGACUUCAGGGAACCUUCUGAAGAGGAGCGCGCCCAGCGGCCCCGCCUGCAGCUGAAGCCUCGCACCGUCUCUGAGCCGCUCAACCAGGUGGCCAACCCACACUCGGUCAUCUUCGGCGGAGCCAAGCCCCGAGAGGAAGUGAUCACCAGAGAGAAACCAUAAGAGACUGGCGGCCGGAGGGCGGGGGGACGAGUGUGAGAACUUUAAGCAGAAACAAACAAAAUGCCAGCGUCACAGCGAGCAUUCCUUCCUGACAGACAGCCAGCGGGUGCCGCCCUUCUCUCACUCUUCUUAAAGUUGGACAUAUUUAUUCUUAGACAGAAUAAAGACAAAACACCAAAAUAAUAAAUCUGUAACCACAAACACACAGCGAGCAGCUUCUCAAUGCAUGCCCCGCCCCUCACCACCGCCGCUUCACUGUGUUGUGCCUGCAUCAUCUCGUAGUCAGGUCAGAGGUCACCCCUUUCAUAAUUCUCUGUACAGUAGCUCUGCCCCCUCCGCCCGUGAGGUCAUCCCUUCUAAUGUUGACUCGUCAUGUUUGGACUUUACGCGUUUUGAUCAAAACAGUCUUCUUGUUUGUCGGAAUCUGCUCACUGUGCCGGGUGGGUGGGGCUAACUUCACUUAGAUACCUGCCUCCAGUGGCACCAGGCUCCGCCCACCAGGUCUCUGCAGGAAAGCAAGCUGUUGGAAAUGACCUAAAUGAAAUUGAUAUUCCCAUGAUGCAUUGCAGGGUGGAUUAUCAUCAUCAGCCUUCAGCCAAUCAGAGUAGGAGGUGCAGUUUUCUGAAGAGCCUGUCUGUGGUGCAUUCAAUGUCUGCAGCUCCACCGUUAAACACAGGUUCCUUAGUCUGUCUUUCUACAACUUGUGAUGCUGUGUUCAAGUCCGUCAGUUAACUAUAAAACUGCAUUUUGUCACAUGAA